AUGGCACAUCAGGAGCCUCUCGCCUACCGGGGCACAGCAACCUCUGCUGAAAACAAAGUAUCACCGGAACGGAGCACCUCGUUCUUUUUGACGGGAAUUCCCAUCGAAACCGACUACCAGGACUUUUUCCUGGGGUUUCGCAACAUCGGAAGCAUCAGGCACUGUCAUAUGAACGAACCAUACGACCGCCACCCUGAAACCUGCGCUGCCAAGGUGGUAUUCUUUACUCGCCUUGCAGCGGAGAUAGCCUUCGAGUCAAUACAAGCCGGAAGCAUCAAGAUCAACGGAGUCCAGCCCAACGUCACCUGGAACCGGUAUCGAACCCCUGAAGAAGCCCCUGAGGGUCGCAGCCGCGUCAUACGCAUUGAAGGGCCCUCGGAUAUUGUCCAUACCUCGGUGCUAAAGAUCCUCUGGUCUGUGACCUUCUGGUGGAACACCGACACCAAAUACGAGAUCGACGAGCUUGACGAGGGUGUAUCAGUCAUCUGGUACUACUUCGCGAGCUACUAUUUUCAGGCCGAAAAUGCAACCAAGGUUUUGCACGAGACUUUCGGCGACAUCGUGGAUGUCAGCUACCAGGAGGAUCCGUGCGCCUAG